GACCAAUGGGACUGGGAGAUCAUUAUUCAGAAAGAUGAACGAAAUGACAAAAAAUUGGAGGAAGUAGUUGAGAAGAUAUAUGACUCUAUGAAAGUAACUGAGAACAUUUUGAUAUCGGCAUACCCAGUGUUAAAUCGCAAGUUACCGGAAAAUAUUAAAUUCAUUACAACACAAGAAUUAGAAGAUAUCUACCCCGACAAAAAACCGGCAGAACGUGAAUAUCUUGCAGUUAAACAAUAUGGUGCUGUUUUUCUCAAACAGAUCGGAAAGCUUCUGAAAUCCAAUACGAUACACGACAAUCGAGCCCCAGACUAUGAUGACUGGGAAUUGAAUGGAGAUAUACUAGUGUAUAGUGAACACGACGAUAGAUGUAUAGAAUUGUCAUCAAUGGGUAUCCGAGUGGAUGAGUUGUCAAUGGAGAGACAGUUGAAAGAAAGUGGUUGUGAAGCACGUAAACAGCUUGAAUAUCAUCAAAAUGUUCUGAAUGGUAUAUAUCCAUUAACGAUAGGUGGUGGAAUAGGACAGAGUCGAUUGUGUAUGUUCCUUAUGGAGAAGAAACAUAUUGGUGAAGUGCAAGUUAGUAUAUGGCCUGAACACGUUCGUCGUGAAUGUGAACAGAAUAAUAUAUUUCUCCUAUAAACUGAACGAAAUCAUUUUCUCUCAGCUUUAUUGCUGAAAAGAAUGUAAAGUGCAUGAAUAUUAAUUGUAUGUAUGUUUUCAUAAAUGUUGUUCUUUCAA